AGAGAGAGAGAGAGAGAGAGAGAGACGUUGGGUGAGCGCAGGUAGGUGCACUUUCAAUGCAGCUGCGUUUCCACCACCCUCUCCCAAAUCCGAAAUGGAUAGCCGUUGCCUGUAACAAAGUAACCUGUGACUUGAAAAACACCUAAUUCCUCUGUUACAUUUCUUGCAAUCUUACCUGAUAGAAAGUUACAGGUUGAGACUUUGCUACCUGUAACAUUCUCCCCCAAACACAAACCGUAAGAAAGUCACCUGUAACUUUCUUACAUUUUACACAAGUUACAGGCAUCCAAACGGCCCAGGGUUUUGUGGGAAGAAGAAAAUGGAGGGAGAGGUGGUGAGGAUAUUUGUGGGAGGGUUGGAUGGGAGUGUAAGUAGUUCAGAUGUGGAGAAAAGGUUUUCUUCUUCUUCAUUGGGUAUAGUGAAGGGAGUGGAGUUGAUAUCCAAGAACAUUCCUAACAAAGAUGGAGAUGGAAGAGGACGCUCCUUCAACUUCGCUUACAUUGAUUUCCUUCCUUCCUCUCCUACCGCUCUUUCUAAGCUCUUCUCCAUCUACAAUGGGUGCAUUUGGAAAGGCGGUCGCUUGAAACUUGAUAAGGCUAAAGAGCAUUAUCUACUUCGAUUGAAGCGAGAAUGGGCUCAAGACUCCCAACUCUUAAGCGCAGCUCCUAAAAAUCUCCCUCUCCAUUCAAAUACGGGCCAUGACAAGACUCACCUGAACAUUUUCUUUCCCAAAUUGUACAAGGUUAAAUCUUUACCUUUUAGUGGAACCGGCAAACACAAGUACAGUUUCCAACGUGUUGAGGUUCCUUCUCUCCCCACCCAUUUCUGCGACUGCAAUGAGCAUUGCACGCCUUCUGAAGCUGCAGCUGGAAAACGUCUUUCCACUCCCAACACCCAUUUUGAUGGGGUAAACGAUGAAGAGCUGGAUGUCAUGACUUCUGUGAUGAAAAAACUCUUUGAAAGGGAAGCGAAUGUGACUGCUGCAGACAGCAUGAUCGCAUCAAAUGGUAUAGGAAACUAUUCCAGCUGUUUAGUUGAUGCUGUGCCAUCUGAUGAGAUGGAAGCAGCUCAAUCUACAGAAGAGGAUAAUCUUGUGACAAACAUAGUGAUGGAAUCGGGUUCUAUGCAGAUUCAUGGGUCAAAGGAUCAGGACCUGAAAUAUAGUAAACUUCCACCUAAUGAUGGGCCACCCCGAAAGCAAACGAAAGCUCAGAAAAGGAAGAAUACUGGAUCCACUAAUCAUUCAGAAUCCAUGUUGAACAAGAAAGCUCGUUUACUUGCAGCAAAUGAAAAUGACAGAGAAGAAUCAUCCAUCAAAUUCGUGAAGAGAAGAAGCUCAGAAGUGCAUUCCAGAGAGCUGGAGAGUUCCGCAGAAGCACAACCCGUUGAUACCCAGCUGAAAUCAGAUGACAAUCGGUCUGCCAAAGGUCUUUCCUGGGUUCAAAAGUCCUCGUGGAAAGAACUUGUCGGUGAGGCGGGCAACAGUUUGUUCAGUAUCACACAUGUUCUGCCAGGCAUUACUUCAAUGAAACAGAGGUUGCCAAAAUCCAAUGAUUUAGCCGCUGUCAACUCCAUCAGCAGCAAAGCACCGAAGUCAGUAAAGCAUGCAACAAUUCAAUCUAAUGGAGACAGUUCAAAAUGUUUGGAAGUGAGGAAGCAGGGAAUCUUGAAAGACAAGGUCAUUGCACCCCAUGACACUAAUGUGGAGGUGUCAGAAAAGGAAGAGAAAAUCCAAGAUGCUAUGGAAAGUGAAAGGAGUAUCUGUAAAGAAAGUGCGCAGGUCACAAAUGAUAAUUUCUUCCAUCUCUCUAAAGAAUCUAAAAAGAAAGUUGUUGAUGAAAGGAAAACAACUAUAGAGGCAACUCCCCUUGGUGAAGUUUGCACCUUCAUGAGGAGUGCCGAUUCAGAGAGGGAGUGGACAAAGGCAAGAGCGGCUCUGAGUGGGUUCCUCAAGAAGAAAACUAAUGAGAAUAAUACCUCGAAGAUUUCCAAAAGCGAGCCAAAUCGCAAUUUCUAAUACAAUCUACAUUCUUAUAUGGAGGGAGGGAAAACACCGUCACCAGCUAGUUGUUGUAGUUUGUUUCUUCUUUCAAAAAUGCUAUAAUUGUGCCAAAGAGGACCUUUGAAAACUUAUACUUUGAUAUAUUGUUCUUUCAAUCUU